AUGGAACAAAAUAAUCAUUCUCAUAAUGACAUUUUCCAAAGAUCCAACUAUUUUGAAAUUAACAAUUUAAUUCAAAACUCACAAACUGAAAAUUUUUCAUCAAAUAAUUUCUAUCCACCAGCUGUCGCCAAAAACCUACAAGCGGAAACGUUUCCAUUAAGUCACACCAAUUUCUAUCCACCAGUCGUUCAAUAUUCUCAACCCAAUUUCUAUCCACCAACUGUCGUCCCAAACUUACAAGCGGAAAGGUUCCCAUCAAAUUACAGCAAUGCCUAUCCACCAGCUGUCUUCCAAUACCAACAAGCGCAAAGGUUUCCAUCAAAUUACAGCAACGUCUAUCCACCAGCUGUCGUCCAAAUCCCACAAGCGGAAAAUUUUUCAUCAAAUACUAAUUAUGGAAAUGCUACUACUUAUAGUAUUCUUUGUUAUACUACGAACAAACGUCACCAUUGA